GAUCUUAGUUUUAAUUUUAAUAGUUAUAGUUCAAUUUAUGGAUUUCUGAAGCAAAAGUGAAAGUAUCGCGUGUCUAAAGAUUGCUACCAUACGUUUGUACAUACGAAGAUAUCUCCAUGCAACACGUGCAAGCGUGAAAUAGUGCAAGGAACAAUUUCGAUGUGAAAAACGAACGCGUGGGUAUCGCAAAAUGAAGUUGACGUUAAGUGUCAUUUGUUCGCUCCUGUUCGUCCUGCCAUCAUUUUAUGCACACCAAUGGCAAAAUGGUAGGAACGUGGAAUGCCCUUACAAGUGUAUGUGCUUCGGAACUACUGUGAGAUGCAUGCUUCAGAAGCUGAAUCGUAUACCACGGGUACCAACUAAUACGACGGUCCUUGAUCUGCGGUUCAACAACAUAGCUGAGCUCCGACAAGGCUCCUUCCACAAUCUACCAAAAUUAGAUACACUUUUGUUGAAUGACAAUCGCAUCAGAUAUCUCUUACCAAAGACUUUCGAGGGUGCACCAAAUCUGAGAAUUCUUUAUUUAUAUAAAAAUCAUUUGGAACAAAUUUCACCAGGGGCGUUUUCCGGUCUCCUGAAAUUGGAACAGCUAUAUCUUCAUUACAAUCACCUGAGAGUAAAAAAAAACACUUUCAAUGAUUUACCGUCACUGGAAAGACUCUUCUUACAGAGUAACAUGCUACAUCAUCUACCAGCAGAUGCUUUUCACAAUGUGGGACCUAUGACGCGCCUUCGCUUAGAUAGCAAUGCUCUCGUUUGCGAUUGCAACUUGGUAUGGUUGGUGCAGAGGCUUCAAAGCAAACCAUCUGAAAUGGCAGCCAUUUGUCAGUCGCCGAAUGAAAUGAAGGGAAGAUCAUUGACGACUAUGUCUAUGGAUGAUUUUCAUUGCACUGAACCGCGCAUAAUGAACGGACCCCAGGACGUGGAAGUAAGAUUGGGCGGUACCAUCAGUUUCACCUGCGAGGUAAUAGGCGAUCCGAUACCAGAAAUCAAAUGGAUGCGUGAUUCUAACGAGGUAUCCGCCGAUGGGAAUCAUUACGUGAUACAGGAGGAUGGAACAUUAAUAAUAUCAGACGUGACGGAGCAAGACACCGGUGAAUACGAAUGCGUGGCCAAGAGUGAAAUGGGUUUGACAAAAUCGAGAAAGGCCAGGGCGGUGAUCACGGUGUCGCCAUCGUUAAGAUUCACCGAAUUACCCGAAUCACAGACUGUCCAAAUUGGCGUAGAUGUUUCUUUCACUUGUAAAGUGGAUGGUCGCCCUACUCCGAAUAUUCAAUGGUGGAGAAACGGUCAAUUGUUGGACGUGAGUGGUCGUGUUGCCAUCGAGAACGAAGGAAGUUUAUUGAAAAUUUUUGCCGUGAAGGAAACGGACACGGCGAGAUACGUUUGCCAAGCGAGAAACUCUAAUGGAUAUGCCGAAACCAGUGCCGAUUUGAACGUGGUGGACGAGUCUUAUAGCCCCCCUAGGAUGACGUAUGAGCCUCACGAUAUGGAGGCGGAACCUGGGACCAUUAUCGAGGUACCUUGCAGAGUGGAAGGCAUUCCAAAACCGGUGAUACAGUGGAAGAAAGAUGGAACAGCUAUGGAAGGAGAAAGAUUUCGAAUAUCUCGUGGGGGAAGCUUGUAUCUUUAUAAUGUUACCGCUGGGGACACUGGAAGAUACGAAUGUUCAGCCGUGAACCAAUAUGGCCGUGCAACUGCUCAAGCUUUGGUGCGCGUUCGCCAAUCAGAAGCAACAGAUGUGCUGGUAAUAAGAGCUUUUAAGGACGCCACAGAGGAGAUCGAUCGAGCCAUAAACAACACUUUGAUGGAUCUUUUUAACGGUGACAGACCUCAACACGUGAAUCCAUUUAGACUUGCACGUUUCCCAGAUGCUUUUGGUCGUGCGGCUGCCCGACCAGCGGAAAUUUUUGAAAGAACACUUGUUAAUAUACGACGAAUGGUAAAUUCUGGCUUAAGCGCAAACACUACCACUGAAUUUCGUUACGAAGAAAUUCUGACAGCAGAACAGGUUAGAGAAAUCGAAAGAUUGUCCGGAUGCACUGGUCACAGGCAUCGUCAGAAUUGCACGAAUAUGUGCUAUCACAAUAAAUACCGCAGCAUUGAUGGUAAUUGUAACAAUCUACGCCAUCCCACUUGGGGUUCCUCUUAUACCGGUUUUCGUAGAGUUUUACAACCAAUUUAUGAAAAUGGAUUUUCAUCACCUGUCGGUUGGGAGAAAGGUCGCCUUUAUUACGGAUAUCCAAAACCUUCGGCACGUUUAAUCUCCACCACUUUGAUAGCCACUCACAAAGUGACUUCAGACAAUGGGAUAACACAUAUGGUGAUGCAAUGGGGUCAAUUUCUGGAUCAUGAUUUAGAUCAUGCUCUUCCAGCAGUUUCCAGCGAAUCUUGGGAUGGCAUAGACUGCAAAAAAUCUUGUGAUAAUGCUGCACCUUGUUUCCCUAUGGACGUUCCCCGUAAUGAUCCCAGAGUUAAUAACAGAAGGUGCAUCGAUUUUAUUAGGACCAGUGCAGUUUGCGGUUCGGGUGCAACUAGUAUAUUAUGGGGUAGUUUUACCCCUCGAGAACAAUUAAAUCAAUUAACUAGCUAUCUGGAUGCUUCUCAAGUGUAUGGUUAUGAUGAUACUUUAGCCAGAGAUCUGCGUGAUCUCACUACUGAUCAUGGUUUAUUGCGAGAAGGACCAACAAUUCCUGGUCAUAAGCCUCUACUUCCAUAUGCUUCUGGUCAAUUCGUUGAUUGCAGAAGAAAUCCCAUAGAAAGCACUAUCAAUUGCUUCGUAGCCGGAGAUAUUAGAGCCAAUGAACAAGUAGGUCUUUUGGCGAUGCAUACAAUAUGGUUGCGCGAACAUAAUCGCAUAGCUCGUUCCUUACGUGAUAUGAAUCCUCAAUGGAAUGGAGAAAAAUUAUAUCAAGAGGCGAGAAAAAUCGUUGGUGCUGAAAUGCAGCAUAUCACUUAUCAACAAUGGAUUCCUCAUGUCUUUGAUGGUACUGCCGAAGAACUUUUAGGUUCAUAUCAUGGUUAUGACUCUAAUCUUGAUGCUAGUAUUUCCAAUGUUUUUGCCACUGCAGCUUUGAGAUUUGGUCAUACUUUGAUUCAACCUCGAUUGGAACGUUUCAACGAAUCUUUUCAAUCAAUUCCACAAGGUCCUCUUAAGCUAAGAGAUGCCUUCUUCUCACCUUGGAGAUUGGUUGAGGAAGGUGGCGUAGAUCCAUUGAUGAGAGGAAUGUUUGCCACUGCAGCGAAAUUAAAAUUACCGGAAGAAAAUUUGAAUACAGAACUUACAGAACAAUUAUUCCGUACUGCUCAUGCAGUAGCAUUAGAUUUAGCUGCAAUGAAUAUCCAACGUGGUAGAGAUCAUGCUCUACCAGGCUAUUUGGAAUGGCGACGAUUCUGCAAUAUGUCUCAUGUAGAGACGUUUGAGGAUCUAGCUGGUGAAAUUCGUAGUGCUAAAGUUAGACAAAAGUUAAGAGAAUUGUAUGGUCAUCCUGGGAACAUAGAUGUUUGGGUUGGUGGAGUAUUAGAGGAUCAACUCCCUAAUGCAAAAGUAGGACCACUUUUCAAAUGUCUUUUAUUGGAACAGUUCCGACGUACUAGAAAUGGUGACAGGUUUUGGUAUGAGAAUCCAACUGUUUUUAAGCCAGAGCAACUCGCUCAAAUUAAACAGACAAGUUUAGCUAGGAUUCUAUGUGAUAAUGGUGACAAUAUUAACAGAAUUCAACCAAAUGUGUUCUUAUUGCCAGAAGGUGAUAAUAAAUUCGUUACUUGUGAUGAAAUUCCAUACAUAGACUUAAGAGUUUGGUCUGAAUGUUGUGAUGGAUGUGAAGAUCAUAGUAAUACGAUUUCGAGAUUUAGGCGUGGCGCAACCAAAUAUUUGCCAUUAAAAAACAUUUUUAAUCUGAAGGAUAUAAAUGCACAGAGUUAUAGCGAAAAACUUGAAUAUUUAGAGAAAAAAAUCGAAGAAACGGAGCAAGAAUCUGAAAGAAUUAGGGAUCUUGCAGAAUCUUUGUCUUAUAUGGUAAAAGAAUUGAAAUCUCUUUUAGAGAAUGUGAAAAGAUCGAAAUAGAUCAAUAAAUGUGCCAUUGUUUUAAUAGACAUUUGAUUAUUUUAUAUCUAGAUUCGCUUCAUUUUAAAUAUUCAUUUUAAAUAUUGCAUUAUUACAUCAUUGUACAUAUCUGAAGCCUGAUUGAAUUUAA